AGGAGGAGGUGAAGAGAGAGAAGGAGAAGGUGGAGAGAGAGAAGGAGAAGGUGGAGAGAGAGAAGGAGGAGGUGAAGAGGGAGAAGGUGGAGAUGGAGGAGGUGCUCAGGAAGCAGAAGAACACAGAGAACGAGGCCAAGGCCAGAUUCAGUCAGGAGGCAUCACGACUCACUGCAGAGAACAUGGACUUUGAAGAGCAGCUCGACAUGAAGGACAGGUUGGUAAGGAAGCUGCGAAACCAAAUGAAGAGCCUUCAAACAUCAGAGGAAGCCAAUCAAACACCAGCGCCCACUAUUACCAACGAAUACCUUGGCAUGUUGGAAUACAAGAGGGAGGAUGAAGCCAAGCUCAUUCAAUACGUCAUUCUGGACCUGAAGCCCAGAGGAGUUAACAUGAUCCCCAACAUGGCUGCUCAGCUUCUCUUCAUGUGUGUCCAUUAAACUGGCUCAUGUUUGUAACUGACCUCUACUCUCCUGUCAGACCUGAAGCCCAGAGGAGUUAACAUGAUCCCCAACAUGGCUGCUCAGCUUCUCUUCAUGU